GCGUUCGCCGAGUGUUUAUUGUUUUCGCUCUUGUUACAUUAUUAAUUAAAACUACGGCUUUUAAGUGCGCCGAGUGCUGUGAGAGCAGCUUAUCAAAGUCCGCGGGCUAAAUCUUAUCAGCGCGGCCAUUUAGCUCGUUGUGAUUACGCCGAUUGCGCAACAAUUUGAUUAUACAUACGCGGUCUGAGUCGAAACUGCAGUGAAUAACGGCACUCUACAGCUAUCAGUUACAGUUAGACGCGGGUGACGCCUACAGCUUUUUGUCCGGAGAUUUCUCGUCUUCCCGGGGCUCCAGUGUCAGUCGUAUUGCUCCAGAUUGGUGACAAACACUUUCGUCUCUCGUUUCCAGUCGGUUCAUUCAUAAUAAUUACCCAGUUGUAAAAUGUUUGCCCUGCGCCGCACAGCCGCAAUGAUGACGUCGGUCCGCCGGCAGCCGCAGUUCACCCAGGCCGUUUUCCGGGCCAAUUUCGCCGUCAGCGCAGCGAUGGCCCAGAAGAUCCCAGCCGGACCCGUGGUGGAUGUCCUCGGUGACGAGAUGACCCGCAUCAUCUGGGACUCGAUCAAGAACAAGCUGAUCCUGCCCUUCCUGGACAUCGAGCUGCACACCUACGAUCUGGGCAUCGAGUACCGUGACCAGACCGAGGAUCAGGUGACCAUCGACUGCGCCGAGGCCAUCAAGAAGUACAACGUGGGCAUUAAGUGCGCCACCAUCACGCCGGACGAGAAGCGCGUGGAGGAGUUCAAGCUGAAGAAGAUGUGGAAGUCGCCAAACGGCACCAUCCGCAACAUUCUGGGCGGCACCGUCUUCCGCGAGGCCAUCAUCUGCAAGAAUGUGCCCCGCCUGGUCACCGGCUGGCAGAAGCCCAUCGUGAUUGGCCGUCACGCCCACGCCGAUCAGUACAAGGCCGUCGACUAUGUGGUUCCCGGUCCCGGCAAGCUGACCCUCACCUGGAAGGGUGCCGAUGGCCAGGUCAUCGAUGAGGUAAUCAACGACUUCAAGGGUGCGGGUGUUGCCCUGGGAAUGUUCAACACAGACGACUCCAUCGUGGACUUUGCCCACGCCUCGUUCAAGUUCGCCUUGGACCGCCAGCUGCCGCUGUACAUGAGCACCAAGAACACCAUUCUGAAGAAGUACGACGGUCGCUUCAAGGACAUCUUCGAGGACCUGUACAACAAGGAGUACAAGAAGCAGUACGAGGCGGCGGGCAUCUGGUAUGAGCACCGCCUCAUCGACGACAUGGUCGCCUAUGCCAUGAAGUCCGAGGGUGGCUUCGUGUGGGCCUGCAAGAACUACGAUGGAGAUGUCCAGUCCGAUUCCGUUGCCCAGGGCUACGGUUCGCUGGGUCUGAUGACCUCCGUGCUGCUCUGUCCCGAUGGAAAGACUGUGGAGGCUGAGGCUGCUCACGGAACUGUGACCCGUCACUUCCGUUUCUACCAGCAGGGCAAGGAGACGUCCACCAACCCGAUUGCCUCGAUCUUCGCCUGGACCCGCGGCCUGCUGCACCGCGCCAAGCUGGACGACAAUGAGGCGCUGAAGCAGUUCGCCGAGACCCUCGAGCAGGUCUGCAUCGACACCAUCGAGGGCGGCGCGAUGACCAAGGAUCUGGCCAUCUGCAUCAAGGGCAGCAUUAGCGCCGUGGAGCGCAAGGACUAUCAGGAGACGUUCGAGUUCAUGGACACGCUGGCCAAGAACCUGGAGGCCGCCCUGGCCAAGAACGCCGCCGCCGCCGCCAAGUGACUAUCCGGCUCGCAUCUCUAGGGAACCACUCAGCGAAGCCUCGUCCUCGUCAACGCAUUCAAAACAAUAUUUCCAUUUCGUCUAUGUAGAUGUGCAAGUCCUAGGCUAACUAUCCGUGUCCUCGAUGUUUCAUUGUCUCUGCGAGACGCAAAAGAACCCCCGAUUUCCCCUUAACGUUUUACGGAAAAGAAAUUUCAAAUAAAUGUAUUUUUACACUGGA